ACCACUUCUUACUUCCAGGGGGGCUACUUCCCAGAGAAUGUCAAGGCCAUGACCAGUCUGCGAUGGUUGAAGUUGAACCGCACUGGCCUCUGCUACCUGCCAGAGGAGUUGGCAGCCCUGCAGAAGCUGGAGCACUUGUCUGUGAGCCACAACAACCUGACCACACUCCAUGGGGAGCUGUCCAGCUUGCCAUCGCUGCGGGCCAUCGUGGCUCGAGCCAACAGCCUGAAGAAUUCUGGAGUCCCUGAUGACAUCUUCAAGCUGGAUGACCUCUCGGUCUUGGACUUGAGUUAUAACCAGCUGACAGAGUGCCCCCGGGAACUGGAGAAUGCCAAGAACAUGCUGGUGCUGAACCUCGGCCACAACAGCAUCGAGACCAUCCCCAACCAGCUCUUCAUCAACCUUACCGACCUGCUGUACCUGGACCUCAGUGAGAACCGCCUGGAGAGCCUGCCCCCGCAGAUGCGCCGUCUGGUGCACCUGCAGACGCUGGUGCUCAAUGGGAACCCACUGUUGCAUGCACAGCUUCGACAGCUGCCAGCUCUGAUGUCGCUGCAGACCCUGCACCUGAGGAACACCCAGCGCACCCAGAGCAACCUCCCCACCAGCCUGGAGGGCCUCAGCAACCUUGCAGAUGUGGAUCUGUCCUGCAAUGACCUGACACGGGUGCCGGAAUGCCUGUACACCCUCCCCAGCCUGCGUCGCCUCAGCCUCAGCAGCAACCAGAUCACAGAGCUGUCGCUGUGCAUUGACCAGUGGGUGCACUUGGAGACCUUGAACCUGUCCCGCAACCAGCUCACCUCCCUUCCUUCAGCCAUUUGUAAGCUGACCAAGCUGAAGAAGCUGUACCUGAACUCCAACAAGCUGGACUUUGAUGGGCUGCCCUCGGGCAUCGGCAAGCUGGCCAGCCUGGAGGAGUUCAUGGCUGCCAACAACAACCUGGAGCUGAUCCCCGAAAGCCUCUGCAGGUGCACAAAGCUGAGAAAACUCGUCCUGAACAAGAACCGCCUGGUCACCCUCCCGGAGGCCAUCCACUUCCUGACAGAGAUCCAGAUCCUGGACGUGCGGGAGAACCCCAACCUGGUCAUGCCUCCCAAGCCUGCUGACCGCACUGCUGAGUGGUACAACAUCGACUUCUCACUGCAGAACCAGCUGCGUCUGGCGGGGGCCUCCCCUGCCACGGUGGCUGCAGCAGCAGCUGCAGGAAGUGGGCCCAAGGACCCCCUGGCUCGAAAAAUGCGACUCCGGCGGCGGAAGGACUCAGCCCAGGAUGACCAGGCCAAGCAGGUGCUGAAAGGCAUGUCAGACGUGGCCCAGGAGAAGAACAAAAAGCAGGAAGAGAGUGCCGAGGCCCACGCCCCCGGGGGCAAAGGGCGGCGCUGGGACCAGGGCCUGGAGAAGCCGCGCCUCGACUACUCCGAGUUCUUCACGGAGGACGUGGGCCAGCUGCCCGGCCUGACCAUCUGGCAAAUCGAGAACUUUGUGCCGGUGCUGAUAGAAGAAGCCCUCCAUGGCAAGUUCUAUGAGGCUGACUGCUACAUUGUCCUCAAGACCUUUCUGGACGACAGCGGCUCUCUGAACUGGGAGAUCUACUACUGGAUCGGCGGGGAGGCCACGCUCGACAAGAAGGCCUGCUCUGCCAUCCACGCCGUCAACCUGCGCAACUACCUGGGUGCCGAGUGCCGCACAGUGCGGGAGGAGAUGGGUGACGAGAGCGAGGAGUUCCUGCAGGUGUUUGACAACGACAUCUCCUACAUCGAGGGUGGAACAGCCAGUGGCUUCUACACCGUGGAGGACACACACUACAUCACCAGGAUGUAUCGCGUGUACGGGAAAAAGAACAUCAAACUGGAGCCCGUGCCUCUCAAGGGGGCUUCCCUGGACCCAAGGUUCGUUUUCCUACUGGACCGAGGGCUGGACAUCUACGUGUGGCGGGGCAGCCAUGCCACGCUGAGUAGCACCACCAAGGCCAGGCUCUUUGCAGAGAAAAUUAAUAAGAACGAGCGGAAAGGGAAGGCGGAGAUUGUGCUGCUAGUGCAAGGCCAGGAACCCCCAGAGUUCUGGGAACCCCUGGGGGGACAGCCUUCUGAGAUCAAGAAGCAUGUCCCUGAUGACUUCUGGCCACCCCAGCCCAAGCUGUAUAAGGUGGGUCUGGGCCUGGGCUACCUGGAGCUACCACAGAUCAACUACAAGCUAUCCGUGGAGCAUAAGAUACGGCCCAAGGUGGAACUGAUGCCUGGGAUGCGGCUGCUGCAGAGCCUGCUGGAUACGCGCUGCGUGUACAUUCUGGACUGUUGGUCCGACGUGUUUAUUUGGCUGGGCCGCAAAUCCCCACGCCUGGUGCGGGCAGCGGCGCUCAAGCUGGGCCAGGAGCUGUGUGGGAUGCUGCACCGCCCGCGCCAUGCCACUGUCAGCCGCAGCCUCGAGGGCACCGAGGCACAGGUGUUCAAGGCCAAGUUCAAGAACUGGGAUGAUGUCUUGACAGUGGACUACACGCGCAAUGCAGAGGCCGUGUUGCAGGGCCCGGGACUCGCUGGGAAAGUGAAGCGCGAUGCUGAGAAGAAAGAUCAGAUGAAGGCCGACCUCACUGCGCUCUUCCUGCCGCGGCAGCCGCCCAUGGCGCUGGCCGAGGCUGAGCAGUUGAUGGAGGAGUGGAACGAGGACCUGGACGGCAUGGAGGGCUUCGUGCUAGAGGGCAAGAAGUUCGCGCGGCUGCCAGAGGAGGAAUUUGGCCACUUCUACACGCAGGACUGCUACGUCUUCCUGUGCAGGUACUGGGUUCCUGUGGAGUAUGAAGAUGAGCAGGAUAAGAAGGAAGAUAAGGAGAAGGGAGGUGCUGAGGGCAAAGAAGGCGAGGAGGCAGCGGCCGAGGCGGAGGAGAAGCAGCCUGAGGAAGACUUCCAGUGCACCGUGUACUUCUGGCAGGGCCGCGAGGCCUCCAACAUGGGGUGGCUCACCUUCACCUUCAGCCUGCAGAAGAAAUUCGAGAGCCUCUUCCCCGGCAAGUUAGAGGUGGUACGUAUGACACAGCAGCAAGAGAACCCCAAGUUCCUGUCCCAUUUCAAAAGAAAGUUCAUCAUCCACCGGGGCAAGAGGAAGACAGCCCAGGGCGCCCUGCAGCCCAGCCUGUACCAGAUUCGCACCAACGGCAGUGCCCUCUGCACCAGGUGCAUCCAGAUCAACACCGACUCCGGCCUCCUCAACUCUGAGUUUUGUUUCAUCCUCAAGGUUCCCUUUGAGAGCGAGGACAACCAGGGCAUUGUCUACGCAUGGGUGGGCCGGGCGUCAGACCCUGAUGAGGCCAAGCUGGCAGAAGAUAUCCUGAAUACCAUGUUUGAAACCUCCUACAGCAAGCAGGUCAUCAACGAGGGCGAGGAGCCUGAGAACUUCUUCUGGGUGGGCAUCGGAGCCCAGAAGCCUUACGAUGAUGAUGCAGAAUACAUGAAGCACACUCGACUUUUCCGGUGCUCCAACGAGAAGGGCUACUUUGCAGUGACUGAGAAAUGCUCAGAUUUUUGCCAAGAUGAUCUGGCAGAUGAUGACAUCAUGUUGUUAGACAAUGGUCAAGAGGUGUACAUGUGGGUGGGGACACAGACAAGCCAGGUGGAGAUCAAACUGAGUCUGAAGGCCUGCCAGGUCUACAUCCAGCACAUGCGAUCCAAAGAACACGAGCGGGCCCGUCGCUUGCGCCUGGUCCGCAAGGGCAACGAGCAGCACGCCUUCACUCGCUGCUUCCACGCCUGGAGCACCUUCCGCCAGGCCCUGGCUUAGGGCACCCGCCGUCCACCUGCAGUGCCCCCAUCACAGCCCAGCUCUGGGGGAAGGGCCUCCGUCCCUCCACCGCGCCAGUAGAGACUGCGCACAGGUGGCAGCUCUGCGCCAGCCACCCCCAGGCCACGUUCCAGCAGCACAGCUCAAACAGCACCAGUGGGGGUAGCCCUGACCCAUGCCUGAUGCCCUCAGGGACUGGGAAGUGGGACGCCCUUUCCUGCCUGGGGUAAAGCAGAUGUGACUGACCUGUAUGAGAUAUUAAAUGCUUUUAUU